UGCUGGAAAGGGGACAGAGUCCAUUGAAAGAGAGCCCUGUUACUUUCUGAAUUGUUGGAUGUGUGUGUGUGCGCGCUCACACACACAUGCUGUUGAUGGGCUACUCCCUGACUUUCACUGAAGGUUACUGUAGCCUCUAUCCCAAGGCCAGAGAAGUUUACAAGACUCACCUUUUGCUGCGCUCAAUGCUGUAUACCUGUAACCAAAGGGCACUAUAUAUUUCCGCUUAAUUAUGUCUUCUGCUUCGGAUACCAGUAACACGCCGGAACCUAUAAAACAUGGGCUUCUUCCAAGCGUGUCUCAGUUUAAAAUGGUGAAUUAUUCCUAUGACGAAGACCUCGAAGAACUGUGUCCAGUCUGUGGAGAUAAAGUCUCUGGAUAUCACUAUGGACUUCUUACCUGUGAAAGCUGCAAGGGAUUCUUUAAACGGACAGUCCAGAACAACAAAAGGUACACUUGCAUAGAAAAUCAAAGCUGCCAGAUUGACAAAACUCAAAGGAAGCGUUGUCCGUAUUGUCGGUUUCAGAAAUGUCUAAGUGUCGGGAUGAAGUUGGAAGCUGUGAGAGCUGACCGAAUGCGUGGGGGUCGAAACAAGUUUGGACCAAUGUACAAGAGAGACCGGGCACUGAAGCAGCAGAAGAAAGCUCUUAUCCGAGCAAAUGGACUCAAGUUGGAAGCCAUGACUCAGGUAAUCCAAGCGAUGCCCACAGACCUAACCAUCUCCUCGGCCAUCCAGAAUAUACAUUCUGCCUCCAAAGGCCUACCUCUCAACCAUACAGCCUUGCCUCCUGCAGACUAUGACCGGAGUCCCUUUGUCACUUCUCCUAUUAGCAUGGCCAUGCCACCACAUGGCAGCCUCCAAGGUUACCAGCCCUACGGUCACUUUCCAAGCCGUGCUAUCAAGUCCGAGUAUCCUGAUCCUUACACUAGCUCCCCAGAGUCCAUCAUGGGCUAUUCUUACAUGGAUGGUUACCAUCAGACAAGCUCACCAGCAAGUAUUCCUCAUCUGAUCUUGGAACUCUUGAAGUGUGAGCCAGAUGAGCCGCAAGUCCAGGGAAAGAUCAUGGCAUACUUGCAGCAAGAACAAGCCAACCGAAGCAAGCAUGAAAAGCUCAAUACCUUUGGGCUGAUGUGUAAAAUGGCUGACCAAACCCUCUUCUCAAUUGUCGAGUGGGCCAGGAGUAGCAUUUUCUUCAGAGAACUUAAGGUUGAUGACCAAAUGAAGCUCCUUCAGAACUGCUGGAGUGAACUAUUAAUUCUAGAUCAUAUUUAUCGGCAAGUGGUACACGGAAAGGAAGGAUCCAUCCUUCUAGUCACUGGGCAACAAGUGGAUUACUCAGUAAUUGCAUCUCAAGCUGGAGCCACUCUCAACAACUUAAUGAGCCAUGCACAGGAGCUGGUAGCAAAACUACGAUCCCUGCAGUUUGAUCUACGAGAGUUCGUGUGUCUCAAAUUCUUGGUGCUAUUCAGUUUAGAUGUCAAAAACCUAGAGAACUUCCAGCUGGUGGAAGGAGUGCAAGAACAAGUGAACGCUGCUUUGCUGGACUAUACAAUGUGCAACUACCCGCAGCAGACAGACAAAUUUGGCCAGCUUCUCCUGCGACUCCCGGAAAUACGGGGCAUCAGUAUGCAAGCGGAAGAAUACCUCUACUACAAACACCUGAACGGGGAUGUGCCGUGUAAUAACCUCCUCAUUGAAAUGCUGCAUGCAAAGAGAGCAUAAAUUAUAUCCUUUUACACAGUUUUUGAGACAAGAAAAGGGGGGAAUUACUCUGAACUGCUCCAAGCAAUACUAAUUAAAAGAACUUGGUUGAAAGGAACUUAGCAAAAAAAAACAAAGAUUACAAAAAUCAAAAAUGGUAUAAUAAUCUAAUACUUAAUGGCAAAUAAGUGAUGUAUCAGGGUAUUUGUAUUGCAAAACUGUGAAUCAAACACUACAGAGGCUCCCCGAAGGACUUUGAUCAUCAUCAGAGUGGAAGGAGGUUAUGAACAGAUGCAGAUACCACUGACAAUGUCAGAUGAAAUGAAACGGAACUGAACUCGUGAUUCUUGUAAGUUAAAACAUUGUCGGUUACCACUAUGGAGAAAUGUAGGAUCAAAUCUUAUCUCUAUUACUCAAAAGGGACCUAUAUGAGUUACAUCCCUUCAAUGGCUACCAGGACUGAAAACUCCUCCAAAGGAUGCAAAAUGGCAGCCUUCCUUUGUCAUCCUUCUAAGGACUGGAUUCUUAUUUCUCCAAAAAAAGAAAGAGAGAGUGACACCAAUCUGUAUUAAAGAACUGUCAUUGGUCACUUUCAUAUUAUGUAUAUCUAGUAGCACCACCAAAACAAACAAAUAAAGGCUGGGUUGUUGGGUUU